UCCACCCAUCUCGCAGAAUCUCUCUCCUUCUUCCUCCUCAGCCCUCAGUUUCAGGUCCCCAAAACAAGUUUUAAAAGCCACUUUUCUUCGUUACCAGAUGCGUUAGACAUGGGCUCUUUCAAGCCCCUAACCACACCAUUUUCUUCUUCCUCCUCCCUUUUCCUUACAACACUCUACCUGCUUAUACCCUUGUUCGCAGCAUCUGAUCAUGAUCCUUCCACCAACACCCCGCCUCCCCCUCCCGCCGAUGCAUUUAUCCACACCACACCCGCAACCACCACCAACCUGUUUCUGUCUUCACCGCCGCCUCCUCGAUCGCUGGUCAAGCCCAGCAUAGCCGUCAUAGUCGCCGUUUUAACUACUAUGUUCUCCAUCAUCUUUUUCAUGCUCCUCUAUUUAAGGCACUGUAAGCAAUCAAGCGAUGACUCUUACGGCCCGAGUCCAUACGACUCGUUAAGCGGAGGUGGGGGAAUCAGCGGGCGAAGGAACUCUGGGAUCGACAGAGCGGUGGUCGAGUCGCUGCCGGUUUUCCGCUUCGGUUCGCUGAGAGGCCAGAAGGAAGGACUCGAAUGCGCGGUAUGUCUCGGCCGGUUCGAACCGAAUGAGGUACUCCGAUUACUCCCUAAGUGCAAGCACGCCUUCCACGUUGAGUGCGUCGAUAUCUGGCUCGACGGCCAUUCCACCUGCCCGCUCUGCCGCUACCGAGUCGACCCGGAAGACGUCCUCUUGGUCGAGGAUUCCACGUUUUUGCGGAAUAAUACGGAAGAUGAUCCCGGUUCGGAAACCUCGGAAAACCGGAGGAGCGGCGCCGGCUCAUCGACGAUAACUCGGGCUGAAUCGUGGUUACGUCGUGUUUCGGGGCGGCACUCAUCGGCCGGGGAGAGAACGAGCAACAGUUUGUUGCAAAUCAAACUGCACAGACACAACGACUCAGGUUCGGGUCCUGGUUCUGCAUCCUGUCGUGAUCCGACGUCGUUUAGGAUGUCGUUGGACAGUUCCUCAUCAGCCGCUAGAAAGAAGACAGAAUCCGUAGCCGUAGGGUGCUUUGACCGUUCCAUUCGAAAAGACGGUCUUCUGUUGACUGAUGGAUUGAUGGCCGAUAGAAAAAGCUUCGAACGCAGGUUCGAACAUAGGAUCAUUGUCUCCGUCGGCAACAAUAACGGAUCCGGGGGGCCCCAUUUCCACCACCAAUACCAGAGAUGGAGCGACGUACAGCCGUCAGAUCUGCUCUAUCUACGGUCAGAAAUGAUAAUCAGCGAGAGCCGUAGAUUCUCGCUGGAGUCCUCAUCACGGCCGUCAGCUAAGAAGCAGCAGCUGCUGCAGCAGCAAAAGAUGCUGCUGCCAUUGUACGUGAUCAACAGAGAAGGGCAACAGUCACAGCGCAGUGAUGACGGGAAUGGCAGAAAGGUAAUUAACUCGAGAAGUGUGUCGGAAAUCACGGGCUUAAGCAGGUUUUCCAGCAGAGGGAGUAAUAACAGCCAUCACCAUCAUCGACAACGACAAGCCGGGGUCGUUUCGAGAUGGCUGGCUUGGAUUUCUUCUCAGUCACAUCCUGGUGUACUGAGCCAGCGUACUACUACUACCCCUUCCAUUUUAGUCUAACCCCAAUUUUUUGUUAUAAUUAUAAAUUAUACCCAAAAGGAUAAAAAUCAGUUCAGAAAUCAGACCCAGAGCAGUGAUAUUCAAUUUUUUUUUUCUUUUUUCUUUUUUCGUUUCAGUGGUUAAAUUAUUACCAUUUAGGAUCUAGACGCACGGAUGUAAGAACGGUUAUUCACAUUCUUUUUCUCCAUUAGAGAAAGAUAU